UAUUGUGCUUGAUUUGAAACAUUCAAAAAAAUAGUAAAUCAUCUUUUUAUUCUUGAAAUUUUAUUUUCAAUCUAUACCAACAAUAAUAGCAAAACUAACUACUGACAAAAUGUCGCAAAGCAUAACUGCAUCACCACCAAUGCACGAUAUACCACUUUCGGGUGCCGAGGAGCGUGGAGACUCAGCCUGCGAAGUACACAAAACGAACAACUCAAAGGCAAAUUCGUUAAAGCGCUUCUUCAAAUUGUCAAACAAACGACACAACGGAGCGGAAGAACUGCCGACUAGCUCAAGUGAUAUUAUGCCCGAAGAUGGUGGCGAACCAAAGAACGAUUUGGCUGGAGAGAACAGUGUUUGUGCAGCAGAUAGGGAUAGUGAGCUAGAUAAGCCAAAGAAAGAGCAUACGAGACGUUUUAAUUUACGCCUAGGUGGUAUAACUCGUAUUGUGGAUCACUCUGAUACCGCCGAUUUUAUGCCAAGCGCGCCGAGUCGACAAUCCUUGAAGAACUCAAUCUCCAGCUACUGGCAUACGGUUUUUCGGCGUGCGAGUAAGAGAGUUGGCCAGAAAAAGUCGGAGCAGGCUAAUGACGAAGAAGUUGAUGAGCGCGAAGUGGAAGCCAAUGAGACGGAAUUAGAGGAAGAGGUACAGACGUUGUCUAUUUCAGAAGAUACGAUCGAACAGGUGACCGAGCUAAGGGAGUGAAAUAGAGAGAGAAACAGUUUCCAAGCAAGCAUUUUUGCGCAGAAAUGAGGAACGCUGUACGGUGGUGUGGAAACCGAAUAACUUUCGGCAAAUCUUAAAAUCUAUGUGUACAUUUUUUGUGUUUUUCCCUUUUUCUCAGCCAAGCGUAAUAAUGCAACUUUAUGCUGUAGCAAAUUUAUUUUGUUUUCAAAAAUCUCUCAUUAAUAAUUUUAAUCGAGCAAGAAA